AUGCUCGCCGCUUAUUUGAAUCUUUCAUUGACAGCAUCGAAAAUGGGUGAAAAUGUGGAUUGUAUCAAGUAUUGCGAUAAGGCGCUAGAAUUGUCACCAAUCAACGUGAAAGCUCUUUAUCGAAAAGCUGGCGCACGAGCAGCUCUAUCUGAUUUUGAGGAGGCAAAGCAGAUCUAUGAGAAGAUCUUAGAGAUCGAUCCCGAGAAUAAGGCAGAUUAUUAG